AUGAAGAAGAAGAAAGGAGAUUCAAUGUCCGGAAAUGAUACAUUUCCAGUUGGAAUGCGUGUUCUUGCAGUUGACGAUGAUUCACUCUGUUUAAUGCUAUUAGAGGGCUUACUUCGAAAAUGUCAUUACCAAGUUACUACUACUAAUCAAGCACAUAUAGCAUUGAAAAUGUUGAGAGAGAACAAGAACAGAUUUGACCUUAUCAUUAGCGACGUUCAUAUGCCGGAUAUGGAUGGUUUCAAGCUUCUCGAACUUGUUGGACUUGAAAUGGAUCUACCAGUUAUUAUGUUAUCCGCCAACAGCGAUACAAGAUUGGUGAUGAAAGGGAUCACUCAUGGUGCUUGUGACUAUUUGGUAAAGCCAGUUAGACUUGAAGAACUCAGGAACAUUUGGCAGCAUGUUAUCAGGAAGAAGAAAUCCAACCCUCUUCCUCCUCCUCCUUCAGGAAUUUCAACUGAUCAGAUUGAAAAUUUAAGCCGGAAGAGAAAGGAAGAGGAAGAAGAUGAUGAAGAAGAUGAAAAUGGAAAUGACAACGAUGAUCCAACUGCCCAGAAGAAACCUCGUGUUGUUUGGUCUAUUGAACUUCACCGCAAGUUUGUUUCUGCAGUUAAUCAACUCGGGAUCGAAAGUAAUUACUUCUUUUCAACUCUCUCAUUGUUCUUGAUAUUCUUGUUUUAA